AUGCCGGGAAGGCAGUCUGAUUAUACUGUGGUGCAGCAAAUCGGAGUCGGAAGCUUCGGGACGUGUUGUUUAGUGAAGAGACUUGUCGAUGGCCAAAAAUUUGUCUGGAAAGAAGUCCGGUAUGGAAAUAUGCGGGAGGCGGAAAAAGAGUCGCUUGUCAGAGAAGUGAAUCUUUUACGCGACUUGAGGCACCCGCACAUUGUCCGCUACAUCGACAGAAUCGUUGUCAAAUCUUCUUCAACCCUUUAUCUUGUGAUGGAAUACUGCGCAGGCGGCGAUCUAGCGCAAUUAAUUCAAGACAGAAAACAAAAACGCCUCGCCGGGCGGCUCAACUCAAUGCUACCUCAAGAAUUUGUACUCAAAGUAUUUUACCAGCUGCUAUUAGCGCUGAAAGAACUUCAUCAAAAUCAACAAGGAAAAAUUCUUCAUCGCGAUUUGAAGCCCGCUAAUGUUUUUCUUACCUCGGCGAUGGGUGAUGUUAAAUUGGGAGAUUUCGGACUUGCCAGGGUCCUCUCUUCCGAAGUGUCCAUGGCAAUCUCCUACGUCGGCACUCCCUACUACAUGAGCCCAGAACAAGUGGCAAAGAUGCGCUACAACGAGUCGUCCGACGUCUGGUCCCUCGGCUGUCUCAUUUACGAACUUUGCGCGCUUCAUCCUCCUUUCACCGCGAAGGACCAAAAAGAACUCUACGGCAAGAUCAAAAAGGGAGAAUUCAGAAGAAUACCUCACGCGUACUCGGAGGAGUUGUUUACUACAUUGAGUAGUAUGCUCAAACAGAAUCCGGAAAAACGGCCUUCCGUCGAAAGUCUACUUCAAAUGCCGUACAUAAAUCCAACUUUGAUGAUGCCCAAGCCAAAACGUUCCACGACGCCAAAAGUGUCACGUGUUAGCUCGUUGAAGCGAGAAAGCACUGCUAGCAGUGCUACGAAAGAUUCGAUAAACUCCAGCGGCUACAAAUCUUACGACACAAAUAACUCAACGCCGAUUUCAAAGCCCUCUCCUCCGAUUUCUAGUCAACGACCUUCCAGUCUCCCGAAGCCGAUUAGAUCCGGGUCGAAUAACAACGUGCCGUAUCUAAAUCUUGCCGGUGACAGUCCCUCUCCAAUAAAACCACUUGAAAGGAGUCCUUCGAAAAGAAGGAAAACAGAACUCGAGCUCAAAAUUUGGGAAGAACGCCUUGUUCAGCGCGAAAAGUCAUUAGAUGAUCGGGAAAGACGACUAAACGAGCUGCAGAAUGAGCUCGAAAAGAAGUCGCGCGUUCUCCAACCAGUCAAGCCUACCACGAACUCUCCAAGAACCAUCUUUGCUAAUAAAAUCUCAGAGGAUGAAGCAACUAAGGCAGUAACUCACUGGUGGCUUUGGAGAUAUGCUCAAGUGAUGCAGCAAAUCGUCGGUUCUGAUAAAUGUCCCUCGCUUCUCAAACUUUUCUCAGAAGCCUUCUCCUUUAUUCAAAAGUCGUGCAUCAUGGCGGAACCUGGCACUAAGUUGCUCUUUCUCAUCGAGGCCGCUCAUACGACCCUCGAUUUUUAUCAAUACGACGCGGCAGUCAAAUGCAUCAACGAGUUCCAGGCGUUCUAUGGAAAGACAUUCUCACUUUCUGGAGCUCUUGGAAAAAGAACGCGCUUCCAGCAAGACAGUCUUGCGCAGCUUUAUCUCAAGGUCGAAAAUGAUGAUUCGAAGAAGCUGGAAAAGUCGAAAUACGACUGUGUCAAACGAAACGGAAGUAAAGUCAUUGAUGUUGCACUUGAAGACGAAUCAGUUAUGAGGUAA